UAAAUUGCUUUUGAUAAUAAAUAUAUUUCACUUAAUUUGAAUACCAGAAUUGAGCUGAGACCCGCGCUUGUGUGAUGUGGUAUUUUCGAGGAAAAAAUGAUUUUUGUAAUUAUCAUUAGCGUUGCUUUCUUUUCAGGUGUUAGAGGUCAAAGCAAGAUAUGUUAUGGAAAAUAUGGAUGCUUCAGUGAUGGUGGAGACUUUCAAGGCAUAUUUACACAGCUUCCUUCCUCUCCAGCGAGUGUCGCUCCCAGCUUUGCUCUAUUUACACGCCGUACACCACCCAGUAUGCGUGAUGGAGAAAUAUUGGAUGACUCUGAUAUGAACAAACUACGAGCAUCCACCUUUAACGAGCAUUCCUUGACAAAAUUUGUUACUCAUGGCUAUAUUGAACCAAAAUUUGGUAUUCGUGAUUGGAUGUUACGUAUGAAAGAUGAGCUGCUGUUCAAAGGUGAUUACAAUGUCAUCCUUGUCAGCUGGCAUCAUGGUAAUAACUUUCCAUAUGUUCAGGCCGCGGCUAAUACUAGAAUUGUUGCUGCAAUGUUAUCAGAAUUAUUGCUAUUUCUGGUAAACAACACUGUUGCAACAUGCGAUAAGAUUCACCUGAUCGGCUUCAGUCUUGGAGCUCAUAUCUCUGGUUAUGCGGGAAAAAGGUGUUUGAGCAAAGGCUGUGUUUUGAAUAGGAUAACUGGAUUGGACCCGGCUGGUCCUUUAUUUGAAGAUGACAGUCCAGUUGUUAGGUUAGAUCGUGGAGAUGCAGAAUUUGUGGACGUUAUUCAUACAGAUAUAAGAGUAGCAUAUCUUGGUGUCGUUGGUAGUUUUGGUAUAAUUCGUGCGAUUGGUGAUGCUGAUUUUUAUCCAAAUGGUGGUUAUAACCAGCCUGGCUGUCGCAAUUUCAGCAUAGAUUUGAACAUCGUCCAGACAUUGAAAGAUCUAGUUGUUUGCAGUCAUGCUAGAGCUGUUCUGCUCUUUUUGGAGUCUAUUAACAGCAAGUGCAUGAUGCGAAGCUAUAGUUGUACGACUAAAUGGUUAUUUGAUCAUGGUCAGUGUUCAUCUUGCAAGGACCACAAUAGUGAAUGUCAAAUUAUGGGAUUUUAUGCCAGAUCACCGCCAGCAAAACACCCAGUGUCGUAUCAGCUUAGGACACGAUCUGAAAGCCCUUUUUGUGGUUACCACUACAAAAUAACCGUCUAUACUAGCGAUUCAUUCCGUGGAGGACUGGAAUCCACAAUUCAAAUUACAUUGACAGGGAAAUACGGCUCUAAGAAUAUGGAUCUUGAAGAGCGAAAUCACGAGCGAGGUUCGUCACAAUCGUUUGUCGUGCUCAUCGGAAGCAACCUUGGUAGUUUGCAAAAAAUUAAGAUUUCAUACAACAAAUUUUAUGCUGUUUGGCAUUUGGAUCGCGUGGUUGUCCAGCCAAGCUGGAUGGCAAUAGAAUACACAGCUUGUUUUAAUAGUUGGUUGAUAUUUAACAUGGAUAAAGAAGCUGACCUUAAACAAGGAACUGUUCAUUGUUAACUCGGGUUUAGUAACCACGUUUAUUUGUUGGGGAGGGGGUUAAGUUCAUCGUUUUGUGUAACGGGCCGUAAAAAAUGAUUAAAAA